AUGGUCCAUUCCUGUUGUGGCUCUGUCUCCUCUGGCUGUUGCCAGCCCAGCUGCUGCGAGCCCUGCUGUGGCCAGUCCAGCUGCUGCCAACCCUGCUGCUGCGAGCCCAGUUGCUGCCAGUCCAGCUGCUGCGGCCAGUCCAGCUGCUGCCAGCCCUGCUGCCCACCCAGGUGCUGCCUGCCAUGCGGCUGCUGCCGCAUGCUCUCCUGCUGCCCCACCUCCUGCACGGCUGUGGUCUGCAGACCCUGCUGCUGGGUUUCCACCUGCUGCCAGCCCAUUUCUGUGCAGUCUCCUUGCUGCAGACCCCCCUGCUGCCAGCCAGCCGCCUGCCGCACCACCUGCCGCUCCACCUGCUGCCCCACCUGCUGCUCCUCCUGCUCUGUUGCUCCAACCAACAACAUGGUCCAUUCCUGCUGCGGAUCUGUCUCCUCCAGCUGCUGCCAACCCUGCUGCCCACCCAGGUGCUGCCUGCCAGUCUCCUGCCAAACCACUGUGUGCCGCCCAGUGAGCUGUGUGCCCAGGUAUAACCGCCCCAUCUGUGACACCUGCUGCCGCCCUCCCACCUGUGACCCCUGCUCUGUGCAGGAGGGCUGCUGCCGCCCCAUUGCCUGCUGCCCCAGCUCCUGCACAGCUGUGGUCUGCAGACCCUGCUGCUGGGCUUCCACCAGCUGCCAGCCCAUUUCUGUGCAGUCUCCUUGCUGCAGACCACCCUGCUGCCAGCCAGCUCCCUGCCGCACCACCUGCCGCCCUAUCUGCCGCCCCACUUGUAGCUCCAUCUGCUGA